AUGUCCGCACCAACUGACGCCACUCCGGCGUCCAAUGUUCUUGGCACCAUCGGCACCGUAUUCUGGUGUAUCCAGCUUGUCCCCCAGAUAUGGUAUAACUGGCGACGGAAAAAGACAGAAGGAUUACCUCCUGCAAUGGGGUUCUUGUGGGCU